AUGGAUACCAACGGCGAAGUCACGGAGGCGCCUAAGGUGGAGAAGCCCACCGAGAAUGAAGCCACAGCCGACAAGUCGGUCGACGAAGUUACCGAAAUGUUCAAGGGACUGUCCAAGAAGAAGAAGACAAAGAAGCCUAAGGAUGCAGAGGCCGGUGAAGGCGACGAAGCUUCCCCCGCAGCUGACGGCGAAUUCGACCCCACCGCCCUGAAAAAGAAGAAGAAGAAGACCAAGAAGGUCGACGCAGGCGAUUUCGAGGCCAAGCUGGCCGAGGCUGGUGCAGCAGAGAAGGGAGCUGAAGAGACAGAGGAGGUCCUCCCUGAGGGUGAUCUCGAGGCCGGAACUGGUAUCUGGGCCCACGACGCUACACAAGCCAUCCCCUACUCUCUGCUUGUCUCCCGAUUCUUCUCCCUCAUUCAGAGCCACCACCCCGACCUUCUUUCCAGCGGUGCCAAGUCGUAUAAGAUCCCUCCUCCUCAGUGUCUGCGUGAAGGUAACCGUCGUACCAUUUUCGCCAACAUCGCCGAUAUUUGCAAGCGUAUGAAGCGUUCCGACGACCACGUCAUGCAGUUCUUGUUCGCCGAAUUGGGUACCAGUGGCAGUGUUGACGGCAGUCGUCGUCUGGUCAUUAAGGGUCGUUUCCAGCAGAAGCAGCUUGAGAACGUCCUCAGAAGAUAUAUUGUCGAAUACGUUACUUGCAAGACUUGCCGCAGUCCUGACACCGAGCUCAACAAGGGUGAGAACCGUCUGUACUUCGUUACCUGCAACUCCUGCGGAUCCCGUCGUUCCGUCGCCGCUAUCAAGACCGGUUUCCGUGGCCAAGUCGGACGCAGAAAGAGACAGGGUUAA